GGGCGCGGUGCGGGGAUGUGGAGGGAGGUAUCUGUUUUGCCCGCCCAGGCUGAGGUAGCAAGCUCAAGCCGCUUGGACUCCUUGCAGCUCCUAACUGGCUACCGGGGUUGCGUGGAGCCUCUCUAGGUUCCUGCAGCUGCAACCUCGGGUUUCACGCCGCCGCGCCCCGCCCCAUCGUCCCCGCAGCCUCGCGGGCUGCUGGGCUUUGUGGUUCGCCGCUGCCGCUGGGCCCCUGCUGGGGGUGUCGUCAGGAGCAUGUGCAGACAGCAGCCCAAGCCUUCAGGAUAAUUCCUUCGGCAGCGCCGCUGUAACUGAGUGUGAGGACGGCACGGUCUCUUUACAUGAAGACGAGGACGACUGCUCUGGGCUCAGAGAUGAAAACAAUAAAGAGAACUACCCACAGGUGGGGGCUCGAAUAGACGAGCUUGCUCCACCCUUGCACGAGGCCCAGCAUGCGGAACAGACCCUGCUGCUGGAUGGAGUGCUGAGACCCAGCAUGGGUAACUUCAAGUCCCGGAAACCCAAGUCUAUCCUCAGAGCUGAGAGUGGCCGGAACCACGGAGAAAGCCAGGCUGCAGAGACGGAAAACAGCUAUGGAAACCAGGACACCGAGCAUGUGGUGCCCAGCCAGUCCGAGUGCCAGAGCAGAGCGGGAACGCCAGCUCACGAGAGUCCACAAAACAGCGUAUUCAGGUGCCAGGAUACGGUGCGACUUCAACCGAGAGUAGACCAGAGGGCUGCCAUUUGGCCAAAGGAUGCUUUUGGAACUCAGCAGGACUUCCAUGAGAAUUCCUUGCUGAAGCUCCAAGCCCUCGAAUCUGGUUUGUGCUCUGCGUUUCUGACGACCCAGGAAGAAGAUGGCCAGGUGCACGGAGUUAAGGACCCAGCCCCAGCUGCCACGCAGAGUGUGCCUGCCGACAGCGUGGAUUCUGCAGACCCCAUGGCAACUCAUAAAGAUGCGCAGAGUGACGCCGAUGGUCCACCAGAAGACCUCCAGUCGACAGGCACCAGCAGGCUACUCUAUCAUAUCACCGACGGUGAUAACCCGCUGCUGUCACCGCGGUGCUCCAUCUUUAGCCAAAGUCAGAGGUUCAACCUGGACCCUGAGUCAGCCCCGUCUCCACCCAGCAGCCAGCAGUUUAUGAUGCCACGAAGCUCUUCUCGGUGCAGUGGUGGGGAUGGCAAGGAGCCCCAGACCAUUACACAGCUCACGAAGCAGAUCCAGAGCCUCAAGAGGAAGAUUCGGAAGUUUGAGGAAAAAUUUGAGCAAGAGAAGAAGUAUCGGCCCUCACAUGGAGACAAAACUUCAAAUCCUGAGGUCCUGAAGUGGAUGAAUGACUUGGCUAAAGGACGGAAGCAGCUCAAAGAACUAAAGCUGAAGCUGUCGGAAGAACAAGGGAGUACCCCCAAAGGCCCCCGGAGAAACCCACCCUGUGACCAGCCUCCAGUGCCCAGAGAGAAUGGCAAGUUGGAAGCUGUGGGUCCUGAGCCAAGCUCCUCUGGAGAGGAGACGUCAGAUGCUGCGGUGAUGGAGAAGAGAGACCAGACUCCUCUCCAGGAUGAUGUGAAGGUAACUAAGCAGGACAAGAACCUCAUAAAACCUCUUUAUGACCGAUGCAGGAUUAUCAAGCAAAUCUUGUCAACACCGUCCCUGAUCCCAACGAUUCAGGAGGAAGAGGACUCCGAUGAGGACUGUCCACAGAGAAGCCAACAACCUUCUUUACCAGAUCCAGUGUCCCGUCUUCCUGUUGGUGAUCACCUCACCUACUCUGAGACAGAGCCUAUGAGGACCCUCCUACCAGAUGAAAAGAAAGAAGGGAAGCAACCAGCUCUCUCCAUGUCCAACUUACACGAGGCCACUAUGCCAGUCCUUCUUGACCAUCUCCGGGAGACCAGGGCUGACAAGAAGAGGCUACGGAAAGCUCUGCGAGAAUUUGAAGAGCAGUUUUUCAAACAGACAGGAAGAAGUCCACAGAAGGAAGACAGGAUGCCAAUGGCGGAUGAGUACUAUGAAUACAAGCACAUAAAAGCCAAACUGAGACUGUUGGAGGUCCUCAUCAGCAAGCAGGACGUGGCCAAAACUAUUUGAGGUUUGGCUCUGACCAGUUCCACCCAAGAUAAAGUCAAGUUUAUUUUCCUCUAUUGUUCUUGCUAAGUAGUUUUGAUGUACUGAAAACUGAGCACUUUAGAGAUAGUAUUAGCUGUUUUUACAAAGGAAGAGCUAGUGUAAUCAUACACGAGAAGGGAUUUAAAUAGAGAAAUAG